AUGGCUUUAGGCCUCGAGACGGCACGAUACAUCGACAAGGGGCAGCAGGUCGCGCUCUACGUGAUACUCUCAAACAGCGGGGACAGCUGCACAAUUCAGUCUGAGUCGGGCUUUUCCGGGCACUUGAUCGAAUCCAGAACUGCAACCGGCUUCGACACGAAGCUGGGCGACUUCAAAGCCCCCACCACGGGCUACUACGCCCUGGACGCCGGCGUGCGCCUGGAUGGCGCGGCAGGGACCUACACCAGGGCGAGAAUUGCCAUCAACGACCAGAGCACGACUUUGAAUGGUCUGCACUCCAUCGAGGGCUCUCCGGAAGCGAGCUACUACACUCACUCCCUCUCCGGGGUCGCGAAGCUCAACGCGGGGGACACGGCACACCUGGUGGUCUUUUCUGCUUCGGACGCCGACUACACAAUCAACACUGACACGGUCUUCUCGGGCGUUUUGAUAGGGGACCAAAUCCAUGGCUUCCACGCGGGCAAGACGAGAUCGCAGAGCGUGACUGGCACAGGGUGGUCGGAAGUGACAGAUUGGAGCACGUCCUCAUAUCUGGGCCAGUUCGAUGCGGGCAACGUCAUGGACGGCACCAAGUUCCGGCCGAACCGCGCAGGCUUCUACCACCUCUCGGCUCUCAUUCGCCUGGACGCCGUGGGCCAAGUCCUCUCUUCGAACUACGUGCGCGUGGAGAUCUGCCGACACGACUCCUGCAUCACCGGGCAGAGUCACUCCAUCCAGGGGAGCCCCAAGAACAACUACUUCACCCUGCGCACCUCCGGAUCGAUGUACAUGGGCUCCGGGGAUUCUGCUUCGGUUUUUGUCUACAGCAAUGCUGACGCCUCCUUCAUAAUCCAGACCGAGAGUGGCUUCUCGGGGUACUUGCUGACCACACCCCAGGAGGCAGCGCUCACCGCCACAGUGCUGGACCCACAGGACGUGUGCGUCAACACCCGCUGGGAGAUGCAGGUGCCCAACGGCGUUUACAUGAUCACCGCCACCUACGGGUCCCCGCUCCACAGCUUCCAGACCCACGGCUGCACCAUCGAGGGCUUCAGCGCCUCAGUGGGGGACGUGCCCGCUGGGCAGCUCGUGAGUAUCUCCAUGCAGCUCCAGGUGAACGACGGGUAUCUCACCUUCCAGGGCGAGAAGGCCAGCGGCUGCACUGGCAUCAACCGCAUCGUGGUGGAGGUGGCCAAUAUGGUCCAGUGGGGCCGCUGCAACCUCGGGGGCUGGCGCAUGAACGAGGCCCAAAGCUCCGACGGCGCCUACCAGCUGGCACCUCGCCACAACGCGACAGGCUUCUUUGAAGCACGUGAUGAGUCGUAG